CUUUGUCAACGACAUUUUAUUAGAAACAAUUAAAAAUCACCUCGUGAAGUUGGACGGUUGGACGUCAACAACAACAACAACAAACAGCAACAUCAAAACAAUAUCAAGAUUCAAAGAAAAACCUUACCAAGCUACUGAAAAUGGAAGGAGAGACGAUCAAAAUUGUGAAAUUGAAGGCAAUUGAAGCAACCCCUGAAACCUUCAAAGAUUACGGUCAAGUUAUUCAAGCUUCAGCUGAUGGUGAGGAAUUUGGACCUCAUGAUGCUCAGCUUCACCUUUCCCGUGGAACUCCCAGGUUUUACAUUAUGCAACUUAAAGAUCGAGAACUAAAGUUUUCCACAAUCACCCAUCAUGCAAAUGUGACUCAGUGCCUAGGCUCCAUUGGUGGCCAUGUUUGGUAUCUUGGAGUUGCUAAGCCAUCCAUAGUGGAUUUAUAUAUCCCUCCUUGUGUGGAAGAAUUGCAUGAUUCGAGUGCAAAUGUAGUUGAACCGAGCAAAAAAAUUGCCAAGUCACCUUGCGGCCAUUUAUAUGUACCUCCUAGUGUGGAAGAAGUGCAGGUCUUCAAAAUCACGGGCCCUAAGUUUCUUAAGCUUAAUGUUGGGACAUGGCAUGCUGGACCUUUAUUUCUCCAAGAUAAGAUGGAUUUUUACAACUUAGAAUUGAGUAAUACCAAUGUGGUGGAUCAUACAAUUCAUAACUUCAGCAAAGAGAACGGGGUACAAUUUGUGAUCGAUGAAUAACCGACGCUGCUUGGUAAUUGAUCGAGGGGCUGGACCGCUGAAGUGACAAAACAGGACCUUAUGCUGCAUUUAUCCCCUUCAUUCCUAUAAUUUCCACUUUGUAUAAUGCACUAAUCAACUUGAUACUACAUUUUCAAGUGAUGCUAUUCACUUCUUUUUAGUUCCGGUGAAUUGCAACUUGAAAAUUUUCAUCCGUUUCUUUCCAGUUUACUUGGAGAUGUAUAUUUACAGACCGGUAACUAUAACUACAUGAUUCCUUUUGUUUUUAUAUAAAUAAAUCUUCGUUUUUGUUGUUUCUUUA